AUGCCGAUAAAGCAAAGAAAUAAAAAGCUUUGGUGUGAAUACCAUAAGGAGUGCGGUCACACCACCCAUAACUGUAGAGAACUUAAGAAAGCCCUGAAUAAGCUAGCUGAAGAAGGAAAGAUUAACAGAUAUCUCAAGUCCCCCCUGAAGGAUAAGCAAAGAAGCAAGGCUUCCAAGGAGGUGCAGGAAGCCCAGAGCUCAGCUGACACCAACAUGAGCAUCAAUGUCAUAGCCGGAGGAUUUGCCUCCGGGGGUUUGUCUAACAGGGCACGCAAGGGUCAUUUGCGGUCGCUCGAAGAACCUGUCUAUGAUGUCGACACUCCCUCAUCCACCCUAACGGACCCCCCCAUGGUGUUCGGGGAUGAUAAUGUUAAGAAGAUUCAAAGGCCCCAUGAUGACCCCCUAGUGAUCCAUAUGAAGGUGGCUAAUGCUAAGGUCAAGAAGAUAUUGGUGGAUAACGGGAGUUCAACGGACAUUAUUACAUGGAAGUGCAUCGAGCAAAUGUAUUUUGGAAGAAAAGACCUCACACCCCUGGAGAAACCAUUAGCUGGUUUUGGGGGGAAGCAUGUGUACCCCUUAGGAACGAUCAAGCUGCCUGUUCGUUUGGGUGAAAAGAAGAAAGGGAGGAGCUUGGUACACACUUUCUUAGUUGUGGAUACCCCUCUGCCAUAUAACAUGAUCAUUGGCCGACCCCUUCUCAACAGGGUCAAGGCCGUCAUCUCAACCUAUCACUUACUCCUUCAAUUUGAGACCGAUGAUGGAUCGGUGGGGAAAAUAUAUGGAGAUCAGUUUGAAGGAAGGAAAUGCUAUGUAGAAAGCUUGAAACAACCCGAGAGCUCCGUCAAUUAG